AAAUCGCGAGGUUGUGGGGUGUAAUUUUUGGCGCUGAGCAGCUGCGGCAGGGUCACGUGGGGCUGUUAGCCGCAGCCCUAAGAAAUCCAAGUGCGACUCUUGCCCUACGACAUUCUGCCCUCUGCGAAAAAUAUCCUGGGAAAAUUCCUCGGAUUAACUGGUCUCCCGCCCGCACAAGCCCGCCGCCGCAGAGCAAAUCCACAACACCAAGUGAAGGCCUGAAGUUGCCAUCUCCACGCCAAAUUUGUUCACGACCAUCACGACAACUCCCCACGGCCACCAGACAAUACCGACGCCAUGGGUCACUCAUACGGAAAGCGUGCGGGCACCCGCUAUGCCUUCAGCAGGGACUUCCGCAAGAAGGGUAUGAUCAACAUGUCUACCUACUUGCGCCAGUAUCGCGUUGGCGACAUCGUGGACAUUAAGGUCAACGGUGCUGUGCAGAAGGGUCUCCCCUUCAAGGUCUACCACGGUAAGACCGGCGUUGUCUACAACGUCACCAAGACCUCCGUCGGUGUCAUCAUCUACAAGAAGGUCUGGGGCCGCUACAUCGAGAAGCGCAUCAACGUGAAGAUUGAGCACGUCAGCCCCUCCGGCUCGCGCGACGACUUCCUCAAGCGCGUCAAGGAGAACGCCCAGAAGAAGAAGGAGGCCCGCGCGAACGGCACCGUCGUCGAGGUGAAGCGUCAGCCCGCCCAGCCUCGCCCGGCACACACCCUGUCGUUGACCGACAACCCUCCCGAGACCCUCACUCCCCUGCCUUACGAGACGACGAUUUAAGGGAGAUUUUCGGAAAAACUGUGGUUCUCGCGUUCUUUUUCUUGGGGUGUUACGUCCGGAUGGGAAAGAAAUGAGCAUGGCAAGGGUCUGCAUUUCGAGGUCUAUAGGGAAAUAUGACCCGGUGACACUUAACAAGUCUGAAUUGUGUCUGGCGAAAGUGACUCGACGGACGGUUGCAUGAUAACAGACGAGACAUGAGAAGCUCGGCCCCUCAACAGAAUCUCUUGGGAAUCCCCCGUCGCAGCAGUGACCCCCAAGCAGAUGUGGCAAGAGAGAGAUGUGAUACGCAUCGGUCGUGACGAUGCGGCAGCUGUUUGCCUGCAAACUGCGUGGUGUGCACUUUGGGAGGCUAGGCUGUUCACAUCUGCCCGCAAGACGCUGCGUCGCUGAGAGUAGUAGACUUCGUAGAGCACAUUCACGUAAAUCAUCCCAUACAGCCUGAUUAUCGGCAGAGCGAACGCUGGAGUUCUAACUCUACUGAAUCUCGUC